AUGGAGGUUGCGCCUGGUUGUAACAUCUGUUUUGUUCACAUGAAGAAUUGUUCUUCAGAUUGCGUCACCUACACCCUAUAUAGUGCUGGUUAUAUCGGAAGUGAGCAAUACGCUCACCACGGGCGAUCACCCUAUGACGUAUGUAAGAUUCGCUGUACCAAUGACCCGGUAUGUAACGGCUUCAUCCACAACGCCGUGACUCGCGCCUGUAUUUUGGUGGAUUCCAGUAUACCAAUCCCUUACCCUACAAAUACUGACUUCUCCUUCAGCCGGAAAGAGUGUGAUAUUGGUUGUACACACUACUUUGCCUAUGAAAAUGAGUACAUCCUAUCCUGGGAGUCGUAUUACGACGUGUUAAAUGACACCAACGAAAAGGAAUGUGAACUCAGAUGUAACAACGACUCCAACUGUCGGGGCUACGCCGUCAAAGCAAAUGAGCAGCUAUGUGGCUUGGCAUUCGCAGCAAGAGAGCAGGACGUGGGCGUUUGUGUCACGUGUUCUGCUUUCUCUAAGCAGUGUCCAGUUGGGGAAUUCAAACGCGACAGAACAUCGUUAGAAGAUGAAGUCGGGUCUGGAAUCCCACUGGAUGCCACCGACGAAGGAAUGUGUAAGACAGUUUGGGAUCUGGUAUACUCUGAUAGGCGAAUUCAGGUGGAAGCACAGGCAUUAGGGAUUUCACAUGGAAACUACCCAGUGGACAGAAUUUCCUGUAGUGCCUCGACUUACACCACUUACAGCCGUCACCGUGAAGCAGCCUCCACAUUCUCCGUCUUUAACUCUUCCUAUGAUGACUGUCAGGACUCCUGCACAAAGGAUUCCUUUUGUCAGGGCUUUGCGUAUAAUUCUAAGACCCACACCUGUGCCCUGUCAGAGAGCUCACUACCAAAGUUUAUAAAUUGUGCUGUUUGUUCAUUCGCAGCAAAGGAAUGUUCAAAUAGAAGAAAUGUCUUUGUUUUUCGUUUAGACAGAUCGUCUAAUUAUUCCAUACAAUGCUCGUCUGUCUUUUCUGUUGUGGGACUGAAGAUGAUCGUGUCCACAGAAUACAAGAGUUACAACAAAACAAACUUCGCUACCUGCGAAAAGCUCUGUGUAGAAGACCCAAAGUGUAUCUCACUUCAUCACAAUUCAGAAAACAAUGAAUGUCAAUUGUCGAAAUCCAGUGUCUCGGCGCCCUCUGCCUGUGAAAACUGCACGUACUACGUCAGACAUUGUUUACCAGAUUGUAUUAUCGAAGGAUUUGGUCGUUUUUAUUGGUAUUUUUCUUUGACCCUAGCGUGCAGUUCAGUGGCGUAUGAAAUACAUGAUUUUGGAUACAUAAUGGAAACUACAAGAGCAGAUGCCGGCCAAAAUGUUUCUUUCGAGAAAUGCCAGCACCUAUGUAACAACGACACAUUUUGUUUUGGAUUUGCAUUCAAAUCUGAUACGGGACGAUGUGUGUUGUCAGAUUCCAGCCAUCCCACGUGGUAUCCAUCCGAUAUUACCUGCUCGUUUUCAAAGAAACUAUGCCUACCAGUACAACUAGCAAUAGAAGAAAUUGUCACCAAUGGCACUGUUAAAUGUGUCUGUGUGUGUACAGAAACAAAUAAGACGUUGGGGGAAAUCAUGUCCCAAAGAAAAAAGGCGUUAACGGUGGAUACAGAGAACCUCUCAUCUACAACACGGAAGUUCAUCAGCGCUCCGGACUUCCGUAUGACGUCACAAGCGAUAGGAGCAGUGGGGGCUUCCAUUUUGGGGUGUGUCAUGGCUGCGAUUGUGUUACCAGAUUUAUGUGUGACUGCUUACUAUGUGAUUCAUAUGAUUAAUAAGUGUAUACGAAAGAUAUCAACAUAAUGCUGCAUAAUAUAGGGUUAUAGGAUUUACAAUCUCACGAUAUACAUGUAGUGUAAAUAUUCCGUUACUAAAUGCUGAAAGAUUGUUUUGAAACGCGUGCAAUAUACAAUAAAUGGAUAUUUAGGGUUAUAGAAUUUACAAUCUCACGAUAUAUAUGUAGUGUAAAUAUCCCGUUACUAAACGCUGAAAGAUUGUAUUGAAAUCUGUGUAAUACAAACAAUAAGUGGAUAUUCAGGGUUAUAGAAUUUACAAUUUUAUUAUAUAUAUAGUGUAAAUAUCCCGUUACUAAAUGCUGCAAGAUUGUUUUGAAAUCUUGUGUAAUAUAAACAAUAAAUGGAUAUCUAGGGUUUUAGAACUUACAAUCUCACGAUAUAUAUGUAGUGUAAAUAUCCCAUUACUAAACGCUGAAAGAUUGUUUUGGA